AUGACGAGCCCUUCGUUGCUUGUUGGGGAGGAGGCCUUGGUCACACCCUUCUUGCACGCAGCCGACCUUUUAGCGCUUGCACGCACCAGCAGGGCUGAGUGGACCAGAGCGCUGGAAGUCGUCCGAGGGCGCUUCCUGUCGACCACUUCGAAGGCCCCGUUCGUCUUGAAGUCGGAGAAUCAGAAAUCCGCUGCCCUCCGUUUCCUGCCACUCUGGGAGCAAGCACUGCUCUUUGAGAACUUCCACGAUGAGGAGCUUGGUUGCCAUUGGCACAACUAUCGCUCGAGUGGCGCCCUACGUCGUUGGUCCUUCCGGAAGAGUGAGGCACUUCACCCCCUUAGCCUGUGGUGUUUGGUGCUGCCCACCCGGCCUCGCGAGCUUGAAGAGGACUGCCGUGUGCUUUGCUCUUUGCAGCGCGAGUUGCCCCCCUCGCGGCCAUCUUUGGUAGCUUUUCGGGCAAUGUGUUCUAGCCAGACACGGCGUCUUCGAGCAGGCGGCAUUUUCUCCCUCUUCAGUGAGCUGAUGCAAGCCAGGCAUCUCGCCUUCAGCAUCUACUUUACCUUCGACUCAAGCGGCCGCACGGUUUUCGCUGGCGAUGGAGGGUCUGGUGACGUGGCUUUGGGACGCUGGGAGGACCAGCAGUGGUACGAAUUUAUGAUCCACUUCAACUGGUUUGAGAGGAAGGCAGUUGUUUGCCUUUCCGAAGUUGGCCAAGUGAAAAGGGAACCAGGAUGCAUUGUGGACCUCUCGCCCCACUGCCAGAAUGUGUGCGGCGUCAAGCUUUGGCAUGCGGCUGAAGACUUCGAAGCUGCCUGGACCGACCUGCUGGUCUACGACCGAAAAGGGACGUGA